AUGUCUCUCCGGCAUGGAAGUGUUAGCUCUGCUUGCUCAGCAGCCUUUGAUGCAAAUGAAGUUCCCGUUUCUGUGGAUCUGCUAGAAACUACCAGAUUUUUAUUAGAUUUUCUGAGUGAAAUUUCCGCUAGACCAGAACUUUAUGAAGGGCCGUUAGUUGAAUGUGCAAUUCAGCGAUAUGAAAGAUAUUGGCUGCCUUUGGUUGCAAAGCACCCCGGGAGACUCUUACCAGCACCACUUGAUAUAGAAUGGGUGUGGCAUUGCCACAUGUUGUGCCCAGAAGCUUACAACACCGACUGCAAGAAUAUUGUGGGGAAAGUCAUCGACCAUCAUAUAAUAGACAGGGCUAAGCGUAAAGAUCUGAUCAAAGAUUCUGAACGACUAUGGCGAAACGAGUACACAGAUGUGCCUUUUUCUGCAUGUGAUGCUGUAACUCCAUGGUUUGACUGCGAAUUUGUUUCGGCCUUGACUUAUAAUCUAGCAUCAGCUAUUUGUAGACAAAGGACGUUCAAUUAUCAAGUCAGUCUUCCUCACUACAGAGAUGAGAAGUUCUUAAAUAGUGCAAUAUUGCGUUACAAGAAAUUCUUGUAUUUGAAAUUAAACAACCCUGGGAUGUUUCUAGUACCAUGCUGUGACACUGAUCUCAUGUGGCACACACACAUGCUUCAUCCACAUUUCUACAAGGAUGAUACACAGAGCUAUCUUGGCUGUUUGCUUCCCCAUGAUGAUGCUGUCAGUAACCGCUCACCUGGUUCAAAACUAUCGCUGUACGAGGCCAAGACACGAAAUCUUUGGCGUAAGGCAUUUAAUGAAAAGUUUUCAUAUUAUGGAGCGAUGUAUCGCGGAGAGCCACCAAAUUCUAAACUAAAUGCAAUGAGCAGGGAAGAGAUCUUCAAGGUUUGCAGCAAGCAAGCUGAUGUGUUUCUUGAGAGAAUUCGUAUAACUGGGCUUCCAACAGGAAAAUCAUAUAAACUCAAGCUUUGCUACAAUACAGGAUAUCAGAAUUUCAGCCGCUCACUUUACGUUACGGAAAACAUCGCUACCAUCAAGGGAACCUCUCGUACAUUGGAAGAUCACAGGAUUAACAUCCAUUUCCAGUUUGAUACUCGCUACAAUGACAAAAUCAUUGUGAACCUUCAGCAGAAGUCUGGGAGGCUGUGUCUUGGGAGCAGCGAUGUUGUCGGAGAGGGCAGGAUUGAUCUGUUGAAGAAGAUUCAGCCCCUAACUGGUAAAGGAUUAACGGCUAAUGAUGAAUUUGAGUGCGGAGACAGUUUGUCCAUAGGGCUGGCUUGGAGCUGCUCUGCCCCAUCUUUAGGCCCUUGUGUGCUCAGACUUGAACCAGGGGAUUACCAAAGCUGUAUAAUGCCAGAGGAUAAGGAGUCUCUGUGGGGUCCUAUCCCCCUGCCACGGCUACCUGCAGGGGUAGUUAGUGUCUGCUCGGUUGCUUCCCACAGGUUGCUGAAUCAUACCAAGAAAGUUGUCUUCACAGUCCGGAUGAUUCACAGCGAACCUCUGCUGAUGUCAGCAGUGCAUGUGUUCUUUGGGGAAAAGAUGGUGUCCGUAGCUCAUCUGGUCGUGGGAGACCAGCUGCCACUUCCUGAAAUGGUCAGUGACACGAAAAAGUGCAUAACUCUAAACCCAAAGGAAGGUCAGAGAGCUGUGCUUAUAAAAAACCAUAAAGGCGACUGGGGGGUAGCUGUUGGCUGGUGGGAAGGUAUUCAAAGAAAAGUUCCUGGACGGAAAGGAUCAUGCAGUGAAGGUCACCUUGAAGUCAGAUUUUUUCACCUGCCGAACAACAGAUGGCACUAUGUUUCAUUUGAUCGUUUGUACUCCCUGGCCACCUCUAAAUUUGAAAUCGGUGACUGUGUUGUUGAAUUUGAUAGUGGUUUUAUUGAGAUUAACUCUGACAGAGGAGAAAUCGCUGAAAAUCUGGCCCUGAUUUUCAGUGUGGCUUUGAUCCAUGUCUUAUGCCAGCCUCGGCCAGUGAACUGGGCUCCAAAGGUAGACACUGUUACACCAGAGAUAGAACCCGUACCUAAACUGGGUGGAUCUGAGGAAAUAGCCCUUCUGUUGGCUGCUGGAGUGCUGAUAGCCACACCUUGCAAUCAUGCUAUUAGAAACUUGUUCAAGAAGAAGAGACGCUACGGAGAUAGCGGUGGUUACAAGCAGGUAAGCCAAAGAAGUCAGUAUGAGUCAAAUGGAGGUCCUGCAGCAAUUAUGCACGAGUCUGAAGGGAACACUGGGUGGAAGAAUGACUGGCAGACAGGUGGCAGUAAUUGUAAUGUUGGUACUACGGAAAAUACUCAUGUGGUUGGGGGGCUUUUGUCUGUUAUAAAAGAGCAGACAGACACAGACUGUGAAGACAGCGCCGAUGACAAAGCAGCUGAUUCUUUCAAAGACACUGAUGUAGAUUUAUCAGCAAUAACAGACAGAACGGCUCUACUACUUACAGUUGAUGAUACCGAUAAGGCAAACGAUGUGGUUAGUCCAGAGAAAGUCUCUAAAUUGCCUAAAGGUGACAGUAAAGACAGUGACCCACAUGAUGGCGGGAGUGAGGAAGAGGAAGAAGAGUCUGAUCGACAGAGUGAGGGAGUCUUUGAAGUGGAAGGAUAUAACCUGGAUGCAGACAGCCGGACAGGGUUAUUUGGUGACGGGGAGGAUGACAGUGAUGAAGCUGACCUGGAAAUUGGUGAGAUUGAUCCUGAAAUGCGGCCUGACAGUUGUAACAGGCAAGACGACCUGUGCAUUCAUAACCAGAGUUUUGACAGUGACAAAAUACAUGAAGACUUCCUGAACGGCACUGAUCAAAAUGACGAGGGGGCUUUUGAAAACGAUGUGGACAAUUAUUACGAUGAAUUCUACAACAUUGAAGGUGACGAUAACGUUGGUAUUCAUGAAAAUGAAGUAAACAACACCAAUGAUGCAGGAAAGAGUGUGUGGGACUCCUACGGGGAUGACGUUGGGAAUCUUAUGAACGACUACAAUGCAGAUUUUGGGGGGUUUGCUUCAAAUGGCUAUAAUGAAAAUGAAGGAAGUUGUGGUGGUGGGGGUGGUAGUGAAGGCUUUGGUGCCAAUACCAGUUUUACCAUAGAGAACUGUAAUGAGGGGCAUGAUGCUAGUAGUGGGGGUUACUCACAUUACUCCUCCGAUCUGUUUGAGACUAAUGUAGGAUAUGGCGUUGGUGCGGACAUUGGGAUGUGUAGUAGUGGUGUUGCUGAGUGCAUUGAAGCAGGUGGAGGUGAUGUGGAUGGAGGCUUCUGA